GACGAAGGUAUACGAAUGACUCUUAAAAAUGUACUUUUGUGGGACUAAAUCAUAGUGGCAUAAAUGUGGAAGUAGUUUUCUUUUUGUUUUCAGUCGAAUGAACCUAACAUGCAAGCGCAAUGCACUCAGGAAGGCCAGAGCAGAGAUUUAAAAACCUCAGAACAAUGAGGCACACAUGUGAGCCAGUAGCCCGCUGUGCUGUUUUCGCUUUGACGUUUUAAAUGGAAAUUAAAUUGGGCAGAGACCUUGUGACGGGUAAUCGCGCUGAAACAAAAACGGCAAUCACGCUGGAUGACACGCAGUUUGUCCACUUUGCUUCUGCUUUUGGGCCGCUGUGGCGCAACGAGCUCGGGCCCAUCGUUGGGUCAGUAUGGGUUCAAGUCACAAUCCCGUGGACAAACACGUGCCAGCGAAAAUGGAAUCACAUUCAUGCAAUUGGACCGUCUGGGGGAUUUUUAUGACUUUGUUCAGUUGGUCUCAUUAGAGCCGAUGUUUGAUUCCGAGUAUGGAUCAAUUGAAUUUCGCAUCUAAGGGCAGGACACACCUUUGCGCGAUUUAAAAGCUGCAUUCAAUAAUCCGAGACCACACGUAUCGUGUCUUAACUUCACUUUGAGGAUUCUUCUUUAGAAGUGGACAGAAGAAAAGAGGAAGAGGAUGCACCUCACUCCUCAUGACUUGCUUGCCUCAUGGCACCCUAAUGAGGGAUGAGAUGUGUCUCGUUAACAAGGGUCACAUGUCUAUGUGCUCACCCGAACCAGAUUCAAUUAUUGCAUGCAAGCACACAAACAGGCAAACCGCAGCAGGACGAGCAGGGUAGUGGGAGAACAUCAACUCAAGCGCAGAGGGACGACUUGACUUUUGGGCUUUUUUUUUUUUUUUUUGGAGGGGGGAGAGAUGGGAGUCUUGAAAUAUAUUUUUCUUCUGGGGUGCGUCGGCUUCGUUCAUCAAGCGGAUGGACGCAAAACAUAUGCUGACAUGUUCCCCCACAAGCACAGCGCCCGAGGAAAGUCUCCUUUCCCCAUCCCACCCAUCCCAGGCUGGACUCCCGACAGCAGCCCAUGGGACGACUACCUCUACCCGCCCAUAAAACCCAAACCCAAGGAGCUCAUGCGCAGACGAGGAGGCAAACCCACGGUGCGCCUCACCAGCGACAGCCCAGCGCUCAACGGUUCCGUCAUCUCAUUCACGGCCAAGCUGGAGUAUCCGCCAUGCCAGAAAGAGGACGACAGCGGGGAACUCGUGUGGGAUGAGCACUGUGAUGACGCAAACGGACAAGCGCGCUCGGGCUACGUGUACAACUGGACGUCGUGGAUGGACGACUAUGGCUUUGGCAAAUGUACGGACGCCAGCAAAUGCAAUGCGUUCCCUGAUGGGAAGCCCUUCCCUCAGAGCAACGACUGGAGGCGCAAGAACUACGUCUACGUGUGGCACACGAUGGGACAAUAUUUCGAGACAUGUGACGGCCACUCCUCCAGUCUGAACCUCAACACCUCCAGCAUCCCUCUGGGAGCUGAGGUCAUGGAGGUCAUGGUGUACCGUAAACGUGAGCGCAGGAAAUACAGUCCCUUGAGUAUGGACAACAUUGUUUUCUACGUCACGGACAUGAUCCCAGUGGCGGUGGACAUCUCCCAGAAGUCUGCGGUCAACCAGUCCGCCAACCACGUGUUCUUCCGAGGCGAGGAUGUCGUCUUUCGAGUGCAUCUCCACGACCCGAGCGGUUACCUGAAGACGGCGGUGGCCCUCGACUAUAUGUGGGACUUCAAGGAUGGCAACCAGGUGGUGACCCACCGCGAUGUGACCACGCACGCCUACAGCACGGUGGGCAACAGGAGUGUCAAGCUAGUGGUGGAGGCAGCGUUUCCAACAGAGUGUCCGCCUGCUACCGCCACCUCCGUGCCGACAACGUCCACACCGCCGCCUACUGAACGCCACACGUCUCCACCAGCCAUGACGACGACCCCCCAAGCCAUCUCAGUGAUAUCCAGCUCAUCUCCUGUCACCAUGACAAUGGGCUUGCCCACCACAGAAGUCCUCCCAUCCGUUGAUUCCAGCGUGACCCCAGAGUCGACCCUCUGUGCUCUGCUUCGCAGCAAGCGUGUGCUCGAGGGCAACGAGUGUGUCCGCUACGUGCACGGAAUCUUUGUAGGCAACAUCAGCAUCAUCGAGCCCAAGCGUCCACUGCAGAGCAAGGCCAACAGCCGCAUUGUUGAUGUGUUGGCUGCCAGAGUAACCAAGACUGACAUCAGCUUCCUGGUGAAAUGCCUGGGCAGCGUCCCCACUUCGGCGUGCACCAUUGUGUCGGACCCCACGUGCACUUCGGUGCACAGCAUCAUGUGCAACGACGUUCCUCCUUCCGCAAAGUGCGAGGUGAACCUGAGGAGAACUUUUCUCAAGCCGGGGACCUACUGCGUCAACAUCACGUUGCAGGAUUCUCGUACCAUGACACUGACCAGCACCACCGUCACCAUUAACAAGUUGCAAGCGACCCCUGAGUCCAAGAACCCUCAUACUAUUGAAGUGAUCCUAUCUACAAGCGCCGUACUGGGAGCUUUCUUUGCAUUGAUUGCAUGUGUUGUUUACAGACGCCACAAGGUGUACCGGCCCAUUCGUCGGUCGCUGUUGGAGGAUGCCGGCAACCGCGCUGGGGUUGCAGGUAGCGUGAUGCGCCUGAGGGAGGCGCUCUUCCCCUCAAACGAGGAGCGUCAUCACCUGCUGACCGAGACGCACCAACUCUAGUUGCUUCUCCCUCAUGGCACUUACUGUCACAGUUAAUGGUAAAUCCAAUGCAUAUAUAAAAAAAAAAAACGAGGAUCAAACGCCAUUAAAUGCUAAAGAUGACUUUAAUAUUCACAUAACAGUAUAUGUGCUUAAGAUGUCAGGAGAGGAAACCAUUAUGUAUGUAAUCAUUUUGCAGGAAUACAUUAUGCAAUAUGGUGUUUAAAGAGUUUCUAAUAAGUGUGAAGCAGCCAAGCUUGAAUUAGCAAUGAGACGUUAAGAGCGUUACGGGGUCUCGAAUAAAAGCUGUCAACUAACUAAUUCUUGUCAAGAAGCAGUUUCAUGAGAAUUCUCUAAACACACCAGCUCCAGGGGUGUGUGUUUGCAAUUAAUCACUGUUAUAAAUCCAAGAUUAUUCUUGACUUUUACAAGGAGAAGAUGUGAACCUAUUCUGGAACCUAUGAAAGCCACUUUUGCUUUUAUGGAUAACAAUUGACCAUUCAAUAUAAAAAAUAAAUAAAUAAAGAAAUCUUUGGGCUUCAUUUGAUUAGCAAUGAUUUUAAAAGAAGUGGGCCAUAUAAUCUCCAAUACAAAUUAUCAGCGAGUGAUGCCGUUUCCUGCGGGCACGAAUGCAAGAACACUGACAGAAAUAAGACUACAUCUCAUAGAUUAAAAAAAAAAAAAAAAAAAGAAAAAACUAGGAUCGGCAACAAUAUAAUUUUUUUGUCCUUUAUUCAGAGGCAUUUGACAAGUGGAACUGUGUGAGGGGGAGGUGAAGGGGCACAAGCAUGUUUGCAGACGGGGGGUAAAGGGGGGGUGGGUUCAUGCUGUAGUUAGAUCACUUUCCCAAAUAAAAGGGGGACCCCAAUCCCUGAAUUCAGUCCCAUAGUAGAAUGUUACACAGCCAAGAAAUGCUAACAGAAGAAAAUGGCUACCAAGAGAGAGAAAAAAAAAAAAUCAGCAAUUGAGUAGCAUUUGUGAAAGACAAAGGGAAACAAGACAGGACUUGUAUCUAUUUUGUAGUCUUACAAAUU